AUGAGCAACACAUCGAAAGAAAUCGAUUUAUCAUCAGUUAUAACUCAAGUAUCAAAAGAUGACGAUCCCAGUCGAACAAUACCCUUAACGGGUACAGUCAUUACAAGUCCAGCAGCUCCAGUCACAAAAACUCGUUCAAGUCGAAAAUAUCGGCUUGUAUCAUUUUUGCUAUGUUGUUUAAGUGUAUCGAAUCGAAGUCGGUCAAGGAGCGCAAUCUAUUCGCAAAAGAAAGAAGGAUCAAAUAAUCAAGAACUAAUUGCAUUGAAUACUGACUUAAAUAUACAUUUUGAGGCACAUGAAAAAUUCUUAUUGUCGACAUUACGCAGUAAUGAACGAGUUAAAAUAUGUUUAGUCAUUGAUCUUGAUGAAACAUUGGUACAUUCGUCAUUUAAACCAGUACCGAACGCUGACUUCGUUGUUCCCGUUGAAAUCGAUGGACAAGUUCAUCAAGUCUAUGUAACAAAGCGACCACAUGUUGAUGAGUUUUUACGAUGUGUUGGUGAACGCUACGAAUGUGUUCUUUUCACUGCUAGUCUAGCAAAAUAUGCUGAUCCUGUAGCUGAUUUGCUUGAUCCAAAUCAUAUAUUUCAUUCAAGACUUUUUCGCGAAUCUUGUACUUAUUAUAAUGGAAACUAUAUCAAAGACCUUAGUCGAUUAGGUCGCGACAUUCGUAAAGUAAUCAUUAUUGACAAUUCACCGGUAUCAUAUAUAUUUCAUCAAGAUAAUGCAGUUCCUGUAACUAGUUGGUUUGAUGAUAUGCAUGAUACUGAAUUACAAACACUUAUACCAAUCUUUGACCGUCUUGCCUCAGUUGAUGAUGUCAUACCAGCAUUACAAGAUAUUCAUCAUCGGCGAGAUGCUGUUUGA